ACUCGCUGAUCCACCCUCCCUGGUCCAGAUAGAGGCGGAGGCGAGUUUUCCGGGUGAUGGCGAGGUCCGGGCCGGGGCAGGACCCUGGGAGCACAGCUGCAGUCGCUGUGAUAAAGCGGGCGUUGGAACUAGAGUCCGAGUCCCGGUACCCGCAGGCUCUGGUGUGUUACCAGGAGGGGAUUGACCUGCUCCUGCAGGUUCUCAAAGGUACCAAAGAUGAAACAAAGAAAUGUAAUCUCAGAAAAAGAAUUUCGGAGUACAUGGAUAGAGCAGAAAACAUAAAGAAAUACUUGGAUCAAGAAAAAGAAGCUGGAAAAUACCACAAGCAAAUUAAAAUAGAAGAGAAUGCGACAGGUUUCAGUUAUGAGUCACUUUUUCAAGAAUACCUGAAUGAAACAGUUACGGAAGUUUGGAUAGAAGACCCUUAUAUUAGACAUACUCAUCAGCUGUAUAACUUUCUUCGAUUUUGUGAGAUGCUUGUCAAGGGACCAUGUAAAGUAAAAACUAUCCAUCUUCUCACCUCCCUGGAAGAAGGCAGUGGGAAAGAGCAGCAAAGUAGUGGCCUGAAGGAAAUAGAAGAGUCACUCAGGAGUCACGGAGUGCUGUUGGAAUUAGAAUACUCUUCUUCGAUACACGACCGAGAAAUUAGGUUCAACAAUGGAUGGAUGAUUAAGAUUGGAAGGGGUCUUGAUUAUUUUAAGAAACCACAGAGUCGUUUUUCCCUUGGAUAUUGUGAUUUUGAUUUAAGACCAUGUCAUGAAACGACAGUGGACAUUUUUCAUAACAAGCACACAAAAAAAAUAUGAUGGGUAGUAACCUAAUUUACAUUAUAUAUUUCUAUUUUACAUGAAUACUGGAUUUUUUUUUUACUUUGGACAGAUCAUUCCUAUAAUGUAUGAAUUUAACAAUAAAUUUUUACGUUUCUACUAA